UUCUGGAGGUUGGUGACGGAGUGUUUGAGGUGCUUUCUACCUCCGGAGAUACACAUCUGGGUGGUGACGACUUUGACAAGAGAAUUGUCGACUGGCUUGCUAAAGAUUUCAAAAAAGAUGAGGGCAUUGAUCUUUUGAAGGACAAACAAGCUCUUCAGCGUCUGACUGAAACAGCAGAGAAAGCCAAAAUGGAACUGUCAUCUUUGACACAAGCAAAUAUUAGCUUGCCUUUCAUUACAGCCACUGCUGAUGGCCCUAAACACAUUGAAACGACCCUUACGCGGGCAAAAUUUGAGGAACUAUGUUCAGAUCUGCUUGACAGGCUUAAAACACCAGUUCAAAAUGCCUUGAGGGAUGCAAAACUGUCAUUCAGUGAUCUUGAUGAAGUGAUCCUUGUUGGUGGAUCAACACGUAUACCUGCUGUUCAGGAACUUGUUAAUAAAAUGACUGGGAAAGCACCUAAUGUUACUGUCAAUCCUGACGAAGUUGUUGCACUUGGAGCUGCUGUUCAGGCUGGUGUUUUGGCUGGGGAUGUCAGUGAUAUUGUCCUUUUGGAUGUGACACCGCUGUCUAUAGGGCUGGAAACUCUUGGUGGUGUUAUGACAAAGAUCAUCCCUAGAAACACAACCUUGCCCACCUCAAAGUCAGAAGUAUUCUCAACAGCCGCCGAUGGACAGACAAGUGUAGAGAUUAAUGUCCUUCAAGGUGAGAGAGAAUUUGUUAGGGACAACAAAUCUCUUGGAAGCUUCCGCCUGGAUGGUAUCCCACCGGCACCACGUGGAGUACCUCAAAUUGAGGUCAAAUUUGAUAUUGAUGCAAAUGGCAUUCUCUCUGUCACUGCUGUUGAUAAAGGCACUGGGAAGAAGCAAGAUAUAACCAUUACUGGUGCUAGCACGCUGCCUGGUGAUGAGGUAGAGAGGAUGGUUAACGAAGCCGAAAGAUUUGCAAAGGAAGACAAGGAAAAGAGAGAUGCUAUUGACACCAAGAACCAAGCAGAUUCAGUUGUCUAUCAGACAGAGAAGCAGCUGAAGGAACUGGGAGACAAGGUUCCAGGCCCAGUGAAAGAGAAGGUUGAGGCAAAACUUGGAGAGCUCAAGGAUGCAAUCUCAGGGGGCUCAACCCAGGCCAUAAAGGAUGCCAUGGCUGCUCUCAACCAGGAAGUUAUGCAGCUUGGCCAGUCACUCUACAACCAGUCAGGUGCAGCGCCUGGUACCGACUCCCCUCCUGGCAGCGGAGCUGGGCCUUCGGAAUCAUCAAGCAAGGGCCCAGAUGGAGACGUGAUUGAUGCUGAUUUCACCGACAGCAAGUGAGAACAGGAGAGGGCCAGUAACCUCAUUUCCUCUUUUUGGCUUAUAGUCUUAAAUGUGUAAAGGAAUAUUUUGUUGGCAUUGGAUUUGAUGCUGGGGGUUAUUUUUUAGCUGCUUCCAAAUUUUUAUUAGGAUAUUAGGGGAUAUAAGUGUCCUGAUAAGUAUCUAUAAUAGUGGGAACUUUAGGGGGCCAACCCCUCCCCCGGACAAGGUUUUAAUUGUUUGUCAUUGCAAUGCUGAAUGAAUCCUCAAAUGAGAAUUUUGCUUGCCUUUUGGCCCCUUGUUGAUUUUAUGGUUCCUUCUGUUUUAUCCAUUCAUUUCUGAAAAUGACUGCUAAUUU